UUGAAAAGUCAGUACUUUGGUUAGGAACCAAAUUUCAUAAUGAUUUCAAGAUCUUUUUGUGACGCAAUCCUCCUCCUCGUUGCCAACAUGCUACGAUGAUUAUUUUUACAAAUAUCCAUUUAGUCAAAGUCACAGUCAUGCUCAUACACAUUUGUUAAGUAAUAACAGAAAAAUCCAAGGGCUAUUUUGGGUUUUCGGCGAAUCAUUGUAUAAUUCCCCGAAGUUGUAGAAGGAGAGAGAGACUGAGGGGGCAAAACUCGGAAGGACAACAACAGAAGACGAAGAAAGAAAAAUAAGUGUGGGAAUUUCUCUCUCAUAUCGUUCGUUAAUGGCGGUUUAGGGUUUUCAAUUCAUCAUCCCCAAUACAUCCAAAUUCCCCCAAAUUUCAUUCCUUUAUCUACUAUUUCCAACCCCAAACGAAACUAAAUUAUUCUCUUUUACACUACUUCCCCACCUCUCAAUUUUUGAUUUUCCCCCAAUAAUUAGCGAUGGGCACACCAGGAAAAACUGAUUCUUCUUCUUCAUCGUCUUCUUCGUCUGAGAGCUCUAUGCAGCGUGUGAAGGUUUAUCAUUUAAAUGAGGAUGGCAAAUGGGAUGACCGCGGAACAGGGCAUGUUAGUGUUGAUUAUCUGGAGAGAUCAGAAGAUCUUGGAAUUUUUGUUUCGGAUGAAGAAGAUAAUGAACCUUUACUUGCGCAUCCUAUCAGAGCAGAUGAAAUCUAUCGGAGACAAGAAGAUACUAUCAUCUCCUGGCGUGAUCCAGAAUAUAAUACAGAAUUAGCCCUCAGCUUUCAAGAGCCCACAGGGUGCUCUUAUAUAUGGGAGCAAAUCUGUAAUGUGCGAAGAAACAUGCAGUAUGGUUCUAUUGGUGAUCUUGACAUCGGUCCUCGACCAGUGACAGAUAAUCUGGACACAUCUGGCGGAUUGCAUUCAAAUGAUGAUACAUUUCAUAGUAUUAACAGUGAGUUAAGGGAUUUGCCAGCUGUUGAGCUCUCAACUCUUCCCUUGAUACUAAAGACUGUGCUGGAUAAUAGUAUCUCUGAUCAGAUGCGGGUUACUGAACUUCUACUGCACGAUCAAAGCUUUUUUCCGAAGCUGAUUGACCUCUUUAAAAUAUGUGAAGACUUGGAGAAUUUAGAUGGUCUUCACAUGAUAUUCAAACUUGUAAAGGGAAUCAUUCUACUUAACAAUCCUCACAUUUUUGACAAGAUAUUUGGAGAUGAGUUCAUCAUGGAUAUUAUUGGAUGCCUGGAAUAUGAUCCUGAGCUUCCUCACAUUCAGCAUCACCGGGCUUUUCUUAAAGAGCAAGUGGUCUACAAGGAGGCGAUUCCCAUCAAGGAUCCGACAGUCUUGUCGAAGAUUCAUCAGACAUACAGAGUUGGUUAUAUUAAGGAUGGUAUUUUGCCUAGAAUUUUGGACGAGGGUACAACUGCAAAUCUAAAUUCCAUCGUUCAUACAAAUAAUGCUACAGUUAUUUCUUUUCUAAAAGACCACGACACUUUUAUUCAGGAAUUGUUUGCAAAGAUGAGGUCACCCACCACUUCCACAGAGACGAAAAAGAAUUUGGUUUUUUUCUUGCGGGAAUUUUGUGUUCUAAGUAAGAGUUUGCAGAUGGUUAACCAAUUGCGACUAUUUAGGGAUCUGAUGAACGAAGGCAUAUUUGACAUCAUUACUGAUGCAUUGCGUACUCAAGAUAAUAAGCUUGUAUUGACUGGGACGGAUAUCCUUAUUCUUUUCCUGAAUCAAGAUCCUAACCUCCUGAGAACGUACAUUACUCGACCUGAAGGAAACGCCUUACUUGGACUUCUGGUUACAGGUAUGACCACAGAUUUUGGUGAGGACAUGCAUUGCCAAUUUCUUGAAAUUCUUCGCAGUCUAUUGGAUUCGUACACAUUUUCUGGAUCACAGAGAGACACAGCAAUUAUUGAGAUUUUCUAUGAGAAGCACUUGGAUCAGCUAAUAGAUGUUAUAAGAUCAUCUUGCCCUCCAAAUGGCAUUCCUCGAUCUAGUGUAAAGUUGAAUGGCUAUUGCGAAGGAAAAGAAAUUCCGGGUUUCACAAAGCCUGAAAUUUUGUCGAACAUAUGUGAAUUGCUUUGCUUUUGUGUUCUUCAUCAUCCUUACAGAAUGAAGUGCAAAAUUCUCCUCAACAAUAUCGUAGAAAAGGUAUUAUAUUUAACUCGCAGAAGGGAAAGGUACAUAGUGGUGGCUGCUAUUCGUUUUUUGCGCACUGUGAUAUCCCGCAAUGAUGAUCAACUGCUACAACAUGUUGUUAAAAAUAAUCUUCUGAAGCCUGUUGUGACGGCUUUUGUUGGUAAUGGUAGUCGUUAUAAUCUGCUUUACUCUGCAGUCCUAGAACUUGUUGAGUUCAUCCGCAAGGAAAAUUACAAAUCAUUAGUUUUAUAUUUAGUAGAGUCUUUGUGGAAUGAAUUGGUAAAGUUUGAAAGCUUAAAGACCUUUGAGGAGCUAAAAAAAAAAUAUGACCAGUAUAUGGCUCCCCCACCCCAGCCAACAGGUAAUAAUAUUCCUCAAGAGGAUCUUAGGAAACGAAAUGAUGAGCGUGCUCCUGAGAAAGAAGAGGAAGAAUAUUUCAAUGAGGACAGUGACGAGGAAGAUACUGCGUCUGCCCAGCCCUUGCGUAACAGUGACCCAAAAUUUAAACCUGUUUUAGCUAAUGGGGACAGUUUAACUUGCAUACCAUUAAGACCUGGGUCUGCUGGUUUGGUUGACUAUGAGGAUGACGAGGAUGAUGAAGACUACAAUCCACCACCUAGGAGUUUACCUGAAUCUUCUAGUGGAGAUGAAAGAAUUGAGAACUCAUCUCCAAAAUCUAAACGUAGUUCAUCUUCUGAUGAGGAGUGUGAGCUGACAAAGAAACAAAGAACGGAAGAAACUUUGAUCAGCACUGCUUGUUCAACGUGUAGUCUUGACCCUUUACCACCUGGUGAUGGUGAAGCAACCAUAAACUCUUUGAGCGGGCUACCUCAAACUUGUGAAGAGAACUGCAACUCAGAUGCAGGAAUCUGUAGUGAAAAGGAGUCUACAGUUCCGAAGAGCCCUCCAAAUUGCUUAUCCAACACAACAGAUAGUAAGCAACCGGGUGUAGAAAAUUGUCAAUUGAUGAUACCUAGCGUUAGUAGCUCAUCAGAUGUGGCAGUAAAUGGAUCCAAUGUCCCUGGUUCUGAACCAUAUUCGGUAAGGUGAUUUUGAGGUUAUCAUUGUUAACUUAUUUGAUUCUACCUCCAGCCAUGGCUCAAAGGAGGGAUACAAGCUUGUCCCAUUAGUGACCUGGAGAUCAAAGGUCGCAAUCAUACGGCUCUGCGACCGUGGCUCCAGUACGAACAUCUGGAUUCGGGGGAUUCGGUUUGUUCGACUGCCGAAGAAGAGAGACAGUUAAAAAAAAAUGAAGGAGAAACAAUCUUUUUGCUUAUGUGAAAACUAUUGUAAGCCAUGAACUUUUUAAAUUGCAAGUUUCUCUCAAUUGCUUAUAUUGUUCUUUGUGAUCUCUUCUAAUCUGAUAUGACAAUCAGAGAAAGGUGUAGGAAACCUUUUCUUUCUCUCAUCCUUAAACCCUAGUUGCGAAUCAAAAUUUUACGGAGAUGUAGGUUUUAGGUGUAGUUUUUUUUUCUUCUUUUUUUUUGAAACAUAGGUUUUAGGUAUGGUUAGUUGUUGGUCUUGUUGCCUGGAGGAAAGUGAUGGUACAUAUUAGGGGUGCGCUUUGGUUGUAGAUGGGGAAAUCAAAUCCCCUUUUUAAGUUAAAUUGUUUAAUGUAACCGGAAUGUUCCUUGUAAAAGAGCUUUAGUUUUUACACACUUGAAUUUGGUCAACUGUACAGGAUCUUGAAUUACAAGUUUUCGAGUGCCUUGGCUGCCCUUAUA